AUGACGUCAGCAUCAUUGGAAGUUGCGCAAUUCAACAUUAAUCGCCCAGACGAAUGGCAACAAUGGCUGCGACGAUUUGAAAACAUGUGCCUCGCCAUGUCGGUUGACAACGCCGAGAGAAAGAAAGCGUUAUUAUUACAUUUUGCGGGACCUGAAGUUUUUGACCUGUAUGAGAAUUUGCCCGCACCGCCGAAUGCAGAUGAAAAUGAUAAUGUUUAUGCCAACACCGUUAAGAAAUUGGAUAAUUAUUUCGUGCCAAAGAUAAACAUUGAUUUUGAAUGUGAUGUUUUCAGGAAUGCAAAACAGAAAUUUGGCGAAAAUAUUGAUACUUAUGUGGCACGUUUGCGUAAAUUAGCUGUUACCUGUAAUUUUACGGAUGCUGAUCGUGAAAUAAAACAGCAAGUUAUUUCUGGUGGAUGUGAUUCUAGAGUUAGGGAAAAAGCUCUACAGCAGCGUAUGUCUCUUCGAGAACUUCUGGAUUAUGCAAAAAGUCUAGAACAAGCAAAGCAACAAACAAAACAAAUUGAACAACGUCACACGAGACCAGAGAAAUUAUAUGAAAUUGAUGUGCAGCGUGAAAAGAAUUCCGAUAGCAAAUCCAAGCCUAGAGCACCACAGCUUUCUUCGGCUAGAGGGGUGUCGUCCGUGCAAAAUAACAAUGUGGGUGUGAAAUGCAAUCCAAUCUAUCUUGAUCUUGACAUCGAUGGCAAAAACAUUUCUUGGGAAGUAGAUACAGGGGCUACACUAUCUGUCAUGUCUUUAGUGCAAUAUAAAAAGUUGUGGCCAAAAGCAGAAUUGAACCACACCGAUGUUAAACUGUCUACAUACACGGGGGAGUCUAUUCCAGUAGAGGGAGAAAGGGAUGUUACUGUAACGUAUCAAAAUGGUAACCCAAUGGUAUUGCCAAUCACUGUGGUAAGAAAUAGUAACCGCUGUAAACCAUUGCUGGGGAGAAAUUGGUUGAAACAUAUCAAACUUGAUUGGAAUUCAAUUUUCAAAAUUAACUAUUCUGAUGUUAAAAUCAGUACACUGCUUGAUAAGUAUCCUGAAUUGUCUUCACCUGGAUUAGGUUGUGCAAAAACUGAAGCUAAAUUGGAGAUUGAUGACAGCGUUAAGCCUAAAUUUUAUAAACCACGACCUGUACCUCUUGCACUCAAAGAAUUGGUCGAAGCUGAACUUGAUAGGCAAGUUGAAAUCGGUGUUUUGAAGCCAUGUAAAACAUCCGAUUGGGCUGCACCUAUGGUUACCGUAUUAAAAGCUGAUCAGAAGUCAGUUCGGCUCUGUGGAAGUUAUGACUUGACUGUAAAUAAAGCAAGUCGUCUUGAGCAGUAUCCAUUGCCAAAGGUGGAUGAAUUAUUGACUAAAUUUGCUGGUGGGGAAAAAUUCUCUGUUAUUGAUCUGAAAGAGGCAUAUCUGCAGAUACCAUUGGCAGAAGAGAGUCAAAAACCGUUUGUUUUGGAAACUGAUCACAAGCCACUUCUCGGUUUACUUGGGAAGAAUAAGCCACUUCCUGAUGCAGCUCCACCGAGAAUGAUCCGUUGGAAAGUAUUACUUGAUGGAUAUCAAUACGAAUUAGUGUAUGUUCCAGGUAAAAACCAAGCCAAUAGCGAUGCACUAAGUCGUUUGCCUUUGCCUGUUAAACCGGAUUAUUUACCGCCUUGUGGUAUGUAG